CCGUGACCAACGCCCUUGAACGCGGCUUCCGUGGCCGGGGCCAGGCCGGGUCCUCACGCAAGGGAGUCCGGAGGAGGAUGCUAGCUUCAUCGCCGGAGGAGACAACUUGGAGUCUCGAACAAACACGGACGUCAUAAAGUUAUGGUGGGAAUUCCAGUCAAGAUGGCCAGAGACAAGAAGUGCAUCCUCUGUGAGACAGUCCAUGUCUCCAAGCAGGAGAUGGACGAGCACAUGAGAAGCAUGCUGCACCACCGCGAGCUGGAGAAACUCAAAGGCCGGGACUGUGGCCACGAGUGCCGGGUGUGCAAGGUGUCGGUGGUCAGCCUGACCGACUACGCCGGCCACAUUUCCAGUCCGGCGCACAAGCAACACGUGGAGGCUCUGGAGAAGAAGCCCGCCGGCCCGGACCGCCGCGGCGAGGAGGACUACUUUGACCAGGCCCUGGUGGACGCCAUCCUCAAGAGGAAGGAGCAAAUACGCAAAGAAAAGGAGGCGGCCGCUGCUGCUCAGCUGGCCAAAGAGCAGGAGGAAGCGAGGAAAAAGGAGUUCCAGCAGCGACUCUGCGAGGCCAAGGAGCGUUACCAGCUAAAUAGAGGUCAGCAGCAUCUGCCACAUGGCCCCGCGUGGCCCACUCAGCACAACUCCUGGAACAGGAAACAACAGCCCGGCUUCCGGGUGGGCGACGCCCCGUACUGGAACAACAAUUACGACGACAGACAAGGAAGGAGCGCCACCUGGCACGCUCAAGCUCCGCCCAACUUCCAGAGAUGGGCACCGGGAAACUUACAGGCCGGACGCUUCCACUCACAGGACGACUGGGGGGGCUCCAAAAAGUGGGAGCGGAGUCCGUUCUGUGAGCAAAGUCGGCUGCCGUGGCUCAGCAACCAAGGCAGCAACUACGGCAUGUAUGGCAGGAAUAAUAUUUCCCCGUGUGCACAAAGUCACCGCCCGCUCCGCUUCGACAGGCCUUCUAUGCUUCCGCCGCCGCCCCAGUUUUUCACCAAAUCUGUUAGCAACUUUGAAAGGAAGGUUGAAGAAGGUGUGGCACCCCAGAGGGAGAGGGUGCCGGCAGCUGACUGCGACCAGCACAGUAAAAUGAGCUUCCGUAGCAACCCAAAACUGGACAAAACAAAAUCUCAUAAUGUCACAAAAGAAGUGGACUCGCAACCGAGCAGGGAUGCCUCAUUGACCCACACCAAAGGGCCCCAAAGCCAGGGACGAACCUCAGCAGAAGCGCAACAGCUCAAAACAAAGCUCAAAAGUAACCCUAAAGGUGAAGAAAAGAGCAACGGUGCCCAGAAAGAUGGUGGCCGAAUUGCCACAGCUGGUCCUUCCAAUGAUCCUAACUGUGGGGUCUCAGCACAGCCACAGUCAAAGGCCACCACCAAGCAGAUGGGAAUCAAGACCCCUUCUCUUGGACCUCUGCCUUCAAGGCAGGGCCAGAAGCCACCAGAAUUAGUCAGGAAAGCCAAGUCUGCCUGUGCGUCCGAAAGGAGAUCAUCUUUGGAUGGCGUCAAGCUGGCAGUGGCCAGGCAGACUGAGGGGGAACCCCCCAAUGAUUCGGUGCAGGGUCAGAUUACGCACCAUGACGAGAACAGCUGUCGGCAGAACGGGACGAAGGUCUGGGAAGAGCUUGUGCCGUCAUCAUCUGAGAGCACCCGCUCCCUCCAGUCGCUGCAGGUCAGCACCUCCACCGCAGAGAGGUUGGCGUCCGUUGCCUCAAGCGGCGGCGACACGGAAAAGCGCCCGGACAAGGAAGCUCUCCUAUCACCGCCUCAGGAUGAGGUCGCACAAGAGGGUCACAGUUCAGAGAGCGACACCUCCAGGUGUGACAAAGUGUGCCUCAAAGCAUCCGGCGCCUCCAAACCUGACCUGCCCCCCGUUUUCAAACGAGACCUGACCAAGCGCGUCCUGGAGCCCAACCUCAACAUUGCCAGGCGGGUACGCAACCUGAGCGAGUCGCGAAGAAGUGACACAGAGAAGGACUCCGGACUCAAACCAACCGUUCGCCAGCUCAUCAGCUCCUCUGGGGCUCGGCGGAAGGUCAACUGGGAGCAGGUGUACCAGGAAGUGCGGAAGAAGCAGGACAAAGGAAAAGGAAUGCCCAGGUUCGGCAUAGAAAUGGUUCCAAAUGACGCUGGGGACCAGAGCCAGGAGGAAUCUGACCUUGCACUCCUGGAGAAUUUCUCCUGGGAGUCACUGAUGGGGACCUCGCCUCCCGCAGUCUCCCGAAAACGCUCCUUAUCAGAAAGCAGCAUCGCUCCCACGUCCGAGCACUCCCUUUUCACAUCCCAAGAGUACAACCAGGCCCCAGUGCGACACUCCGAGCAGCAGAGGUCCUCUGUUUCUCCCAAGUCCACCGUCCCCGGGGAGAACGGCUGUCAUCCAGAGCAGAUGUUCAACUUCACCCUGGAGGAAGCCCAGAAGCAGGCAGAUAAGCUGAUGUCAGAGAAGGCUAAGGCUCUCCAGAAUUCCAACGCCAUGCUCGGAGACAACAGCUCCGGAACGGAGCAGAUGGACACUCAGGGGACAGUGAAGAGGCGAAGAACACCUGGGGAUAUUCUGAGCCAAGAGUCUUCAUGUGUGGAACAGGAGAUAAAAAGAAGAAAGAUCAAAUCCAAAAGUGCGGAUCGUUUACACAUCGACCAGCUGCUCUCCGUGUCCUUGCGCGAGGAGGAGCUGAGUCGCUCGCUGCAGGCAGUGGACAGCAACCUCAUCCAGGCCAGGACGGCGCUGGAGGCCGCCUUCAUGCAGGUGCAGAGUUUCAUGGUGGUCAAGCAGCAGAUCACCACAGAGAUGAGCAGCCUGAGAGAACGGCGCAUUGAGUUAUUAAAAGGGAUGCAAGGCGAAGCACCUCCGCUGCGACUGAAAGAGGAGAAGGCCGACCAGGUGGACUCCUCCUUGGUUGCCUCCGUGUCCUCUCUUCCAAGCGCCGCCGCACCUCCUCCACCUCCUCCUCGCUGCGCCUCGCCCCCGUCAUUCAGCACCCCCCUAAUAUCCGUCAAGCAGGAGCCCCUCUCCCCUGUGCGGGUCACCUCAGAGUCUGAGCCUUUGGAGGCUGCCGCCCGAGCAGAGCCCACCUCAAUGUCCGCCGGAACAAAGUUGUGUCAAGCUGGAGGCGAGUCUGCGGACGUCAAGGACCGCCUUUCGGGAAUGUCGGAGUCUAAGGAAAAGGCGGUCAAGGCGAUACAUCCCCUACACCAGAGCCUGGACUCCAAAUCCUCAGUCAGCAGCAGGAGAAGCUCCGAGACGGGCAGCCUCGCCGAGCGCUCGGCCUUUGACUUCGAGAUCCCCGCUGUCCCCACCGCGGCCUGCGAGCCGGGCGGCGGCAAGCGAGUAAGAAAGCUGAAGAAGAGGAAGGUGCUGGAAAAGGCUCACGGGAACGUGCGGGCCGAGAGCAGUGACACGGAGAUGGACGCCGAAGCCUCCAGGCCCAGGUGGCUCCGAGCGAACAGGAGGUCCAGCGGCAGCACUCAGGUCAGCACCUCCUCCCUGCCAAGCGGGGGCAGUGUGAAGAUGGACAACGACGAGGACGUGAGCAGGCCGGGCGUGAAGCCUCCCAAACAGCUCGUUCUCCCCGAGCCGGACCCCUCGGUGCUGACGGAGGAAAAGAUGGACGUGACCGCAGCCGGGACCUCGUUAUCUCCUCCAGCUCGCGUCCCGGACCCGUCCAGAACCGAGCAACCGAGCCUGGCGUGCAAUGAGGUCACCUCCACCAGCGACAUGGACAUUUGUAAAUCAUCUGAGAGCGAAGUGUCAUUUCCACAGACCACAUGGACGUCUUCUUACACGUCCUGCGGCACGUUCGAGGGCCACCAGGAGGCGGUGAAUGCCAUGCAGGUCCACAACGGCCUGCUGUACACCUGCUCGGGAGACCGCACCAUCAAAGCCCUCGACCUGCAGAGCCGCAAGUGUGUCGCCGUGUUUUCGGGCCACACGUCCAAAGUGAGCUGCCUGUUGGUGUCGGCUGCACCCUGCCUGCAGCGCCGCCUGUACUCGGGUUCUAGCGACCAGACCAUCCGGUGCUACAAUCUUAAGACCAAGGAAUUGGAGCAGCAAUUCAGUCUGGCAGACCGCGUCCUCUGCCUCCACAGCCGAUGGAAGCUUCUCUACGCCGGUCUGGCCAACGGCAAUGUGGUGACCUUCGACCUCACCAGCAACAAGCAGAGGGACGAGUUCGAGUGCCACGCCCCGCGGGCCGUCAGCUGCCUGGCGUCGUACCAAGAGGGCUCCAGGCGGAUCCUACUGGUGGGCUCCUAUGACAGCACCAUCAGCGUGAGGGACGCCAAGACCGGUCUGCUGCUGCGCACGCUGGGCGGACACACCAAGACGGUCCUCUGCAUGAAGGUUGUGAACGACAUGGUUUUCAGCGGCUCCAGCGACCAGAACGUCUACGCGCACAACAUCCAUAGCGGCGAGCUGGUGCGCGUCUACAAGGGCCACAGUCACGCCGUCACCGUGGUAACGGUUGUCGGCAAGGUGAUGCUGACCGCCUGCCUGGACAAACUGGUCCGCGUCUACGACCUACAGUCUCGAGAGCAGCUGCAGGUGUACGCCGGACAUUCGGACAUGGUGACCAGCAUGGCGGUCCACCAGAACAAGAUCUACACGGGCUGCUACGACGGCAGCGUGCAGGCGGUGGAGUUGAACCUGGCUCAGAACUACCGCUGCAGGUGGCACGGCUGCUCGCAGGUUUUCGGCGUCAUGGCGCACCUGCAGCAGCACCUGGUCAACGAGCACGCGGGCGACAAGGUGCAGACGCUGCGGUGCCGCUGGAGAGACUGCCAGGAGUUCUUCUGCGCCCGCAGCGGCUCCAAGCAGGGGAUGCUCGCACACGUGCAGAAACACGGCGAGGAGGCGGAGCCGGAGCCUUGAGUUCCUCCCCCCAUAUUGGGCGGGAUAAUUGGGAGCGUGUCCACCACUUAACGUUCCAUGUUGGAAUCCAACAUUUAAGUGUCCCUUGCUAUUUUGUUUUUUCUACGUUCAGACGGGCGAGCGGCCACCGUGCCCACGCCCUCUUUUCCACUGACCAAAUAAAGAGGCCUUUUCCCACCGAGAUAAUGUGAGCGCUGCCGGGGUAGAGAACGCCGUGCUUCCUGAAGGGUGCACUUGGCGUGUGCGUUCAGGACGUUUUUAUUGUUGUGACGUGUCUUUGUGAUCAACAUCUUUAUUUCAUUUUAUUAUCAACGUUUUCUUCUCCUUUGAGGCAGAAGACUGGAUGGGUGGCGUCUUGUUCGCGGAGAAGCGUGUUUAUUUCAUUUGCUUUGCUUUUAUUUUCUUCUUUUGUCAGGUGUUGGCUUGUCCUGGUGAAGACUUUAGGGCAGGGGUGUCCAGACCUUUUGUCAGGUGUUGGCUUGUCCUGAUGAAGACUUUAGGGCAGGGGUGUCCAGACCUUUUGUCAGGUGUUGGCUUGUCCUGAUGAAGACUUUAGGGCAGGGGUGUCCAGACCUUUGGACUUGGGGGCCGCAUUGGGCUCCAAAAUGGGUCUGGGGUCUGAAAACCCACUCCAUAUAGCCUAUAAAUGAAUGUGUGUGUGUGUGUGUGUAUAAGUGUGUGUGUGUGUGUGUGUGUGUGUGUGUGUGUGUGUGUGUGUGUGUGUGUGUGUGUGUGUGUGUGUGUGUGUGUGUGUGUGUGUGUGUGUGUGUGUGUAUAAGUGUGUGUGUGUGGUGUGUGUGUGUGUGUGUGUGUGUGUAUGAAUGUGUGUAUAAGUGUGUGUGUGUGUGUGUGUGUAUGAAUGUGUGUAUGUAUCGAUGUAUUUGUAUGUGUGUGUACGUGAAUGUGUGUAUGUAUCGAUGUAUUUGUGUGUGUGUGUAUGUGAAUGUGUGUAUGAAUGUGUGUAUGUAUCGAUGUGUGUGUGUGUGUGUGUGUACGUGUAAUUAUUUGUACGUGUGUAUGUGAAUGUGUGUAUGUAUCGAUGUGUGCGUGUGUGUUUGUGUGUGUGUGUGUGUGUGUGUGUGUGUGUACGUACGUGUAUGUGUGUAUGUAUCAAUGUGUGUGUGUGUGUGUGUUUGUAUGUAUGUGACUGUGUGUAUGUAUCGAUGUAUUUGUGUGUAUAUGUAUGUGUGUAUGUGAAUAUGUUUAUGAAUGUGUGUAUGUAUCGAUGUAUGUGUGUGUGUGUGUGUGUGUGUGUGUGUGUGUGUGUGUGUGUGUGUGUGUGUGUGUGUGUGUGAAUGUGUGUAUGUAUCGAUGUAUUUGUGUGUGUGUGUGUGUGUGUGCGUGUGUAUGUGAAUGUGUGUAUGUAUCGAUGUAUUUGUGUGUGUGUUUGUGUGUAUGUGAAUGUGUGUAUGUAUCGAUGUAUUUGUGUGUGUGUGUGUGUGUAUAUAUGUAUGUAUGCAUGUGUACGUGUGUGUGCGUGUAUGUGAAUGUGUGUAUUUAUUGAUGUAUUUGUGUGUAAGUGUGUAUGUAUGUGUGUAUGUGAAUAUGUUUAUGAAUGUGUGUAUGUAUCAAUGUAUUUGUGUGUGUGUGUAUGUGAAUGUGUGUAUGUAUUUGUGUGUGUGUGUGUGUGUGUGUAUAUAUAUGUAUGUAUGUAUGUGUGUGUAUGUGAAUGUGUGUAUGUAUCGAUGUAUUUGUGUGUGUGUGUGUAUGUACUGUAUGUAUGUAUGUGUGUAUUUUUGUGUGCAUGUAUUGAUGUGUGUGUGUGUAUGUAUGUGUGUGUGUGUGUGUGAGUGCGUGCAUAUAUAUGUACUGUAUGUAUAUAUACAGUAUAUAUAUGCAUAUAUUUAUAUACACAUAUUAUAUAUCCAUGAUAUAUAUGUGUGUGUGUAUAUAUAUAUAUAUAUAAUUAAUAAUGGUAUAUUAAGUGUGUGUGAAAGUUAGAUUCCUAUCCUGCUUAUUUCUGUGACGACCUCCUUAAAGUUUUGUAAACAAACAGAAAUAUCAAGCAGCUAAAAUGUGCCAAACAUGGAUAAGUGUAGAAAAAGAGUGUUUUUGCAUUUUUCCCAUCAUGCACUGCAGGGCAUUUAAAUGGGUGGUCAUUUUUGAAUGAUGUGUUGUGCUUGGACAUGUUUCUAUUGUCCAGUGAGCAGGUUGUUAUGUGCGUUGACUUUUUGUGUUGGUUUACUUGCGCCAUGAGUGGUAAAGGUGGUCUGUGAUGGGUCGUGUAAAAACGUUCUGUGCCGUGUACACUUCAAAGUGCAGUUCAUGGUCAUUAGUAUGAGUUCCUCGCAUUGACGGAGGCAAAGUUGCACUGUCAGAUAUUUAAAAUGAAGUCGGAGGCACCUCACGGGGUCGGAGUCCUUCUUGAAAGCCGUGCAACUCAGUAGCUUAAACACCCCCGCGUUAGAGGGGGGGUCGUGUGGGGGACAACAUGGCGGCGACUUGCCUUUGUGUUUGUUUCCGCAACGUGAACGUCGGGCCACUUUGUCUUUUCCCCCGAUUGACACGUUUAUACUGUCGUCGGAACAACUUUUCGUCAGGAGGAUGCCUGCUUGGAUACGUGGCGGUCGUCUACCACCACCACCACCACCACCACGCCUUUCUAAUUGAGACUUUUUCACACUUGUGGCGGGGAGCAAGCAGACUAAAGGGCGGCAGGAGGAGGUGACGCAGGUGUAGAGGAGGUGUUUGAUGGAAGCAGCUAGAAAGAAAGAAUUAGGAUUUAUACCCCCCCCCAAAAAAUACACUUUUGCUACUUUUUCAUUUUUAACCUCGCAGUUGCCCUCAUUGACGUUUUUUAGGCGAUGUUUUUACUUGAAGUCAGACGCGAAGCGCGGCGUUCACUUCCCACCCGGCAACACCCGGCGUUCUUCAAGAGGUUUUUUUUGUUUUGUUUUUUUUUAACAGUGCAAUCCAAGGAGUUUAUUAAUAAUAAUAAUAAUAA